AAUCCAAAACAUUCAUAAUUCAUUAAUUUUGAAUCUGUUUGGAUAAGAUGAAGAACCCUCUUCGUCUCAAGUCUGUGAAUCACAUCUCAAUAGUGUGCAAUUCAGUGGAGAAAUCUAUGGAAUUUUAUCACAAAGUUCUUGGGUUUCAUCCUGUUCAAAGACCUGCCUCCUUCACCUUCCAUGGCGCCUGGUUGUUCAACUAUGGUAUGGGAAUACAUCUUCUUCAGUCUGAUCAUGACUCUGAUACCAUGCCCAAGAAACGAGUCAUCAACCCUAAAGACAAUCAUCUUUCGUUUCAGAGCGAAGACAUGGCAACGACGGAGAAGCAACUAAAGAAGAUGAAAAUAGAGUACGUAAAGUGCGAGGUGGAAGACGAUGGAAUCUACGUCGACCAGCUUUUCUUCCACGACCCCGAUGGCCUAAUGAUCGAAAUCUGCAACUGCGAGAAUCUCCCCAUCCUACCGGUGUCGGGAGGCGGCGACUCCCCGAUUGCCGUCGUCAACGCAGCUCGAUUGUGCAGUAUUCAACAAGCCGAGCAACAACAAAAGCUACAACAAAUCCAAAACGCCGCCAUGCAAAUGAUGCAGCUUCAACAACUACUCAUUAGCAUCCCAUGCAACGCAUGCACGUGA